AUGGCUUUCGGCUUCAGGCGGGGGCCCAAGCUCUCGGCCAUUCCGGUCAUACUACUUUUAUUUCUCGGCGGCGUCUGGUGGCUCACGUCUCAUCCCUUUCCCUCCUUCCAGCUUUCCACCCCUAGGAGCAAAGGUCCACCUGCCGUCGAAAUCGUUGUCGCGAGUAUGAAACACGAGGACACCCGCUGGAUCCCCCGUUACAUCGCCGAGUGGCCCCGCCAAGUCUACGUCGUCGACGACCCCCACAGCCCGCUCACAGUCCCCGUGAACAAAGGCCGCGAGGCAAUGGUGUAUCUAACCCACCUAAUCGACAACUACGACCACCUCGCCGACACCACCAUCUUCAUCCACGCCUCCCGCUUCCAGUGGCACAACGACGACCCAGACUACGACGCCCUCCCGACACUCCGCCACCUCAACAUGUCGUUCGUGCAGGAGGCUGGCUACACGAAUCUACGCUGCGUAUGGGUCCUGGGUUGCCCUGUCGAGAUCAGGCCGUUUGACGACGAGCUACGCGUGGACCAGCUUCCCGACGGCACGAAGUUGGCAACAAAACACAUCUUCAAACAGGCCUUCCACGAGCUACUACCCGACAUUGACGUCCCAGUCGCGGUCGGCGUGACCUGCUGCUCGCAGUUUGCCGUGACGAAGGAGACUGUCCAGCGGCGCCCACGGGCAGAUUACGUCCGCUUCCGGCAGUGGCUCAUAGAAACGUCUCUCGUGGAUGACCUGAGUGGGAGGGUGUUGGAAUAUUCGUGGCACAUUAUCUUCGGUAAGCCGGCCGUGCACUGCCCUCGCGCUCAGGACUGCUACUGUAAUAUGUGGGGCCUCUGCGACUUGACCUGCGUGGACCGCGAAUGUACCGGUCGAUAUACCCUCCCCUCGUCGGCGACACUUCCCAAUGGGUGGCCACGCAUCGGCUGGGAGGGGGAACAAAGGGAAUACUCAAGUCCCAUUCCUUAG